CCUACGACACGUUUUAUAAAGGUCACCUAAAGUUGAGCAACGUUGUCCAACAUCUACUGCUUAGUUCCUCCUUACACUUGUUGCACAAUGGGCUACGACGAGGCACAUGAGAAGCAACAGCUGCUUGAGAAGUCAAUGCCUAAUGGCCCAGCAGCUCCUGCACCUGUGGACCCUGUGACGCUUGACGACAAAUGGUCUACUGGGCUGUGCGACUGCUGCGCCCAUCCUGGAGGGGGCGCCCUCGGCUGCGUUUCUAUGUGCCUUCCCUUUGUGCAGUAUGGCGUCCUAGCUCAGCAGCUGCCGAAGGGUGCCACAUACUUCUCGGGUAGCUUCGGCAACGCUGCGGGCGCGUUCCUGUGCCUGGACUGCGUAUCGGCAACAUUCAACUGCUCGCUUUGGCCCGGCGUCAGCCUGUUGCCGACCAGCGCGCUGCUGCACAUGCACAUGAGGAGCCACCUGCGGACCAAGUACGGCAUCAAGGGCUGCUGGUUCAACGACCUGUGCACGUCCUGGUGGUGUGGCCCCUGCGCGCUCGCCCAGGAGACCCGCGAGAUGAUCAUCCGGGCGGCCAAGGAGGGCGCCCCCACCUCCGCCCCGCCCGUGUACCUGCUGGGCAACCUGGUGCUGCCCUCGCCCGCCGCAUACACCGCGGCAACCCCGGCUGCUGCUGUCGGCGCCCCGGCCGCUGCACCCCUGAUGACCGCCGUGCCGCCGCCUGCCACAGGCUUCCCAGUGCCGCCCACUCAGGUGGCCACCAUCACCCUGAAGAAGGCGGAGGCCGCCCCCGCCAAGUGAAGUGCUCAGUGAAGCAACACUGGAAGGUGCACAAGAUGUGUGAGUAGUGCUGCGUUUCGAUAAGCGGCCGCGAGUCGGAACAUACUGUGUGCCGCGUUAUGCGGUUUGUGUAGAUAGCUUGGGGAUAGCUUGGGGAUGCCGCCCAGGCAAUGGUGCUGGCGCUUUUGACGCAUGAGCAUAUGUAUGAUAGCUGUGUGUGUUGCCUAGUCUGCGAUCAUCCCCUCGUUGGUGUACUGGUAGCCCAAUAAGGCGUGGAUCACGGCCUUUGAAUGUUGAGGAAGACACUUCCAAGGUUGGCAUGUGUCAGUCAUGUAUCGUGCCCAACGCGUCUUUGGUUCUGUAUAAAUCACCCCGACUGCCAAGUGGGUUUGCACAUGCAUUCAAGGUGUUCAUUGUUUUCCGCCUUCGUUUUACGACAAUGGGUUUAGACGUAUGUAUAAGCGACUUUGCUUGCAUGGCGGCGUAGAUUUGUAAGCCAACACUGUCUCUG